CUGUCUGCGGACUACCCUGCUGCUCUGCCGGCUCUGCUGUAGCUGUGCUGCCAUGUCAGUACAGGAUGUUAUUCCAGUCAUAUUUAUAAGAGGAUAAAAAAAAAACGAGAAGAUGCGCCUGGAGGGGAAACGUCACAUUUUCAAGGGGAGCGACAGCGUGGAGAGCCUGUGACCGAGCCGGGGAAUAUGCGGCACCGUCCCUCUGCACGUCGGGCCAAAGCGUCGGAUCUUUACCGGAUAAACGUCCUAUAGCUGGGUGAUGUGAUUUUCUUUUUAGUCGUGCGGAGGAUUUUAUGAUCGCGCCACGUUUCAGCGUAGAUCUGGGUGAUCCUCUAGUCACGCCACCCCGGACCCCCAGACCGGUUCCUUGGGAUCAGGACCAACAGACUGACGGUGCCCUGGAAUAAAUAUAGGCAGUCAUCACUCAAAGUUUAAACAAGUCUCAUUACAAUUUCAGGAUUUCAAGGUUACGGCACUACAGUUAGAUGUUAAAUUAUUACUUUACCUCUGCACGUUUUCUGUCUAUAUGUUCAUUUUCACGGAGGGAGCGCUAUUUUAGAUAGCAGCCUACUCCAGUGUCUCACUAAUUAAGAGGAUAUUACAAACUAUCAGGUUGGGAAGUGACUCCUGGAAUAGUUCAGACAAUCAUUUGGUCUCAAUGCAACAAGAUAAAGUUAUUAUUUCAACACUGAGGAUGCCGCCCUGGGUGUCUUUUCAAGGAAGGGAGAGUGGAGAAUGAAAGCGGGAUUUCUGCGUCUUUAAUCGGACGAUUGAUCAGAGAAGGAAGGACACGGCCGGACGAGCCACCUUUUUUUCUUUUUUGGAUCGGUCCAAAAAUAUUUUUUGCGUGCCCAUUGGACUCCUGCACAAUGGGGAUUAUGCUUCAAGUUAUUCUAGGAAUGUUUCAAUUCCUGCUGUUCAGUAGAAUACCCACGUCCCAUGCCAAGUUUGCUCACUGGCGGCCAGCAGACUCCCCAAAAUCCAGGGAAGGUCGAGAAGUGCGGCGGUGGUUGGAAGUGUAUUCGAGGAGUGGCUGUGAGCCGCGGGACACUCUGGUAGAGGUUUGGCGGGAGUUGCCGGAGGAGACGCACCAUCUCUUUAUCCCAUCCUGCGUGUCGGUGAGGCGAUGUGGCGGCUGCUGUACUGAUGAGGCCAUGGAGUGUGUUCCCUCGCUCACACACACACUCACCAUGGAGCUGAUGAGAACGUCCUUCAUGAAACAUGAGCUCGUUGAGCUGCCUUUCGUUGAGCACAGCCAGUGUGAGUGCAGAUUAAAAGAUCAAUUUCAGCCAACACCAACUACAAGGCCCUAUCUGAAGCCAACGAGAAAAGACAAGAAAAAAGAGCGAGUGAAGUCCAGACAGAAGACAACUGGUGCCAUCAGAGCUGCGACCCAUGCUCCCCCAUCCUCUACUUCUUCUCCAUCACCUCCUCUCAUCAGCAUCUCUCCCUCCCUGUCACCAUCUCCGAGGCCUCGUUGUCGCCCCUGCAGAGGGAGGAGGUGGGCACUGGAUACUACGUCUUGUCAGUGCCACUGCACCAUCAGAGCUGAGAGCUGCAGCCGGAAAGGCCGGAGGCUCAACCCUCAUCGCUGCAGGUGUGAUGCCGUGAGGACUUGAUGUGUCCACCCACUUUCUUUUCACCUCCUUGUUUCCACAAAUCCCUGCUGAUUCAUCGCCCACUCUCAGUAUCAGUGCCAUGGAACAUACAGAUGCUCAGACAUCUAGUACCUCAGACGGAAGGAAAAAUUAGCAGAAGCACACACAAAAACCUGUAGUAGAGCUCUAGUUUAGCAGUAAGUGCAGCAUUACAACCUAAAUAUAGAUGUAUGUGUAUGUGUGUGUGUGCAGCCAAGCACCUUAGCACCUCCUUGCUUCUGUGGCAAAGCUUCUGUCUGUCCACAUGUACAUGCGUGUACAAAGAAUCACAAAACACAUCCCAUGAGUGGAGGGAUGAAAUGGCAGCAUGAUGGCGACUUUGCUGUGGUUUGGAGGUUACACUCAGAGUUUUUCUGGUCUGCAGUUGAACUUAUAAAUGUAAGAGAUCAGUGGAAACACGAAUGAUCACACCAAGCAGGAACAACGGACAUGAGGUGGAUCGGCCUUCCGCAGGUGUCCCACAUGUUGACGCUUCAGUGGAAGCUGUGAUUUGUUGUUCGCAGGCAAACUGCACAUGGAGACAGAUUCCACGGUGAAGUCAAGGCCAAUAUUUGUGCGAAGGAUUUGAAAAACAACUGCAGCAGAUUAUACAUGGACACAUCCACGCUCAGACAUACCACAAGGACAUAGGACAUGCACAUGAACUGGCACCCCAGUGUGCGUGGACCUAUAGUUGAGCUGAAUGCUGGCAUGGAGUGUAUCUGUGUGGUCUCCCCACUGAAAGACCCAGGAUGGGUUAUCCCUGCAGCCGUUCUCUCUCAUUCAAAGCGCAUGACCACGGGCUGGCUCUCCAAGCCGCUUUCCAGCAUUUGUUUAAUUUGGGCCUUUUGUCUCCAUCUUUCCUCGGCUCCCCGAUUGAAAGCAGCCGCUUUGCCUCUCUUGCCUCUCUUUUAGGCAGUGAGAAGAAUGACAAUCAUGAGGCCUGGCGGUUGUCCACUGCUUCACACACAAACAUUCACACUUUGAUGCCAGGAACAGACGACACUGCAAACGCAGACACACACAGUCUCACUCAUUCUGUGCUAUAGCAAGCACACGUACAUGCAUAUUUACACGCACAUGCAAUGUAAAAUGAUUGCAGGUAGCCAUAAGCUUUUGUUUGUGCCACACCAAGUGUGAAAAUCUAUGUCAGUUGUUUAUAUUUGCAAUUUACUGCAAAGUCUUCAUUUAAUAUUGUAUUAUAUGCCUCUGUUUUAUAUUUUAUUAUAAUUCUGUC